AUGAGCGCCAAGGUGGCACUCGAGUGGCUGGCCUCAUUCCACGCCGCCUGGUGGGAGGAGGACACUCCGGAGGGCCUGUGGGAGGACGGGUGCUACUGGCAUCUGGCAACUCGAGAGGACGAGCUCUCCCAAAUCGGCAGCCCCUGGCUGGAGCUGAAGAGGGCCGCCUCGGCGGUGGACAGUGCCCUCAGGGGCGGCGACGACGGCAGCAGCAACGGCGGCAGCAGCAGCGGCGGCGGCGGCGGCGGCGGCGGCGGCGCGGGGCGGUUCAGGACGCUGUGCCACGGCGACGCCAAGAGCGCAAAUUUCCUGUUUUCGAAAGACGGCAUGGCGGCGGCGGCUUACGACUUCCAGCUUUUUGCAACACAACCGCACCACCACGCCGCCUGCCUCGCGUGUUACUACUCAUUACAUCAGUACGUCGGCGGCGGCUACGGCGCCAAGGACGUGGCUUACCUGCUGAUCUCCUCCGCUGACGAGGCGCUCCUCACAGAGUCCGAGGGACAGCUUCUCGCCCACUACCACUCCGCGCUGACGGGGCGCCUGGCGGCGCUCGGCAAGGGCGCGGCGGCGGCGGCGUACACGCACGACAUCUUCUUGGUGCACUAUGAGCUGGCCCUGGUUGACUUCUGCAGGUUUAUGGCGGGGUGGGGUUGGUGGGGCGCGACGCGCUACUCCGCGCGGCGCUGCAAAGACGUGCUGUCGCGGCUGCCCCAGGUACUGAAGGCGGCUGCGGCGGUGGCGGCGGCGCGGUGA